UAUAUAUAUAUCUGAAAGAAGGAAUACAAGUUCAAUUUGAUCACAGGCGUCUCUCCUCUCCACCAUCAAAAGCUAACCACGAAGCUUCCUUUCCUGCGCUAGCUUUCUUUCAGAUAUCGUUGCUGUUGAAUUUAGAAGUUGUAUGAGCUGUUGGUGUUUUCACAUUGGAACUUGAAGAUGUCGAGUGGACCGGUGAGGCGAGUCUCGCGUCAAGAUAUACAGUUGGUGCAAAAUCUUAUAGAACGAUGUCUUCAAUUAUAUAUGAACCAGAAGGAAGUAGUGGACACUCUACUAGCUCAGGCAAAGAUAGAGCCUGGUUUUACUGAACUUGUUUGGCAGAAGCUUGAAGAAGAGAAUCAAGAAUUUUUCAAGGCGUACUAUUUGAGGUUGAUGGUGAAGCACCAAAUUAUGGAAUUUAAUAGGCUGCUUGAGCAACAGGUUCAGUUAAUGAGUCAAAUUCAUCCAGCUGGAGUUGGUUCAAUACCUCAUUCCAAUGGCUCUCAUGUCUCAACUUUGCACCAAAAUUCAUCAUGCUAUCCUGCAGAGCGUAGUGGACCCAAUAUAAAGCCAGAGAACAUGCACCAUCAAAUUGGUUCUGGUUUACCUAAUUCGUUUAAUAAUGGAGGGUUUAAUAAUGGAGGAUUGUCAUUACGUUCAAAUUUGCACUCUUCUGUUGACAUGUCUGCCCAAGUGAACAGGAUUGAUGCUCGACCUAAUAUGGUUUCAACUCAGAGCAUAGGUUUGAUGCAAGGGAUGAAUGGGGGGAUGAUCAAAUCUGAAGUGGGAUAUUCAGGAAGCUCCCCUUCCCCUUACAUGUUUGGUGCUGAUGGCAAUGUCCUGGAUCAACGCCCGCCUAUUGCAGAUGCAUCGGCUACGUCUUUUAGCACAGUAGAAUCCACUUCUCAAACCCUGAAUGAAUCACUUCUAGAUGCAGACUCAUCUUCAUUUGGAUUUUUAGGUCAGAUUCCUCGAAAUUUCAGUCUCUCAGAUCUGGCUGCAGAUUUUUCUCAUAGUUCAGAUAUACUGGAGAGCUACCCUCGGUCACCAUUCCUAGCUAUAGAUAAUGAUAAUUUCUUGGAUUCUCGUGAAAGAGGAGAAAAUCAAGGAGAUAACAAAAGGUUGGACACUAUAUCAGAAGGCAUAAGUUAUGAAGAUUUUGGAAGUGAAUAGCCACAAGAAAUUUGUCCGAGUUGCACAUAUAGACAGAGGUGCUUUGCAGUCUGGAAGUGAAUUGGUUGAAGCUAUCUUCCGGUUUGUAUAAGUGAACAGACAUCGUUACGUAGUGUUAAGAAUUUAUACUAUUGUUCAGAAAAUAGGAGUUGCUAAUAAUUAAACUUGCUGAUUUUUGCAAAUGUUUGUAAUUCAUUUGUUUGGCUUUUUCCUCUGGGUUUUUUUUUGGGGGGGGGGGGUGUGUGGGGCCGUGGUGGUGAUUUGUGUCUGUAAUGGGAAAUUCCAACGUCAAUGAACAAAUCUAGUUCAAAAAAUUAGAAUGGAAUAUUAGAUAUUGGGUAAUAAUGAUUGAAUUAGUCUUAUGAUAGAAAGAAAAUUAACGAUUUUAAUAGAGUUUGAUUAGUCAGAAUGAGAGGCAAGAAAAGAGUAGAAUAUUAGGGAGGGUUAAGGUUCCUCUGAAUUGCCAGAGGGAAAUUGAAAGAAAUUAGAGUUUUUUUAUUAUUAGACUUUGGGCUUUUAUUAGUCAUGACUCUCAACAUUAUGAUUGUAAUUACACAUUAGAUUCUGCAAUUUCAAUUGAGUGGAAUAAAUUAAUACAAUUUAGUAAUGAA